AUGUCUGUCCAGGACUUCUUGCAGCAGGUCGAUCGCCGGCGCUUCGGCACCGGCAUGGCCUUGCUGGUCCUGCUUGCUUUCUAUUCGCCCCUCUCCAAGCUGGUCCUGUCUCCGACCUAUGGAUAUCUCCCCUCGACGAUCUUCCAUAGCUUUGGAGUGGCCAUCUCCGGUGGACUUGGAUGGUUGCUUAAGGACAAAAUUUCGAAACGUCUGGGUCGCCUUGGUGGUUACUUACUUCCUGUGCUGGCAUUCUGGGUUCCUACUAUCCAGUACCUCAUCAAGCAGCAGAGCUCCAAGAUCGGCAACCCAACAGGCCCAGUGGUCACGGAGCUAUGUGGCUACUACCCUCUGGUCUUGCUUACAGUGGCUUAUGCUGGAAAGCUGAUCCAGACUUCCUUGAGGCUUGAGGCACACGGUGACCUGGCUGCUGAGCAUGUGCCCCUGAUUGGUACAUAUGUGCUCUAUUCCAUUGGCGACCACUUCGCUACAACGCUUCUUUCGUGGAUCGUUGGAACAACAUUCCUGUUCACCAGAGUCGGCAUGCAAAUUCUCCUUGCCACCUGCUACUCUGCUUUGAUUCCAUCCAAGUGGCUCGCAUUGGCAAUUCCUUCCAUCAUUUUCUCCUUCACCUCGAAUGUUCACUUUGCGGGAAUCAACGGUGUCAAUUCUGCCAUCCAGCACGAAGGAUACACUCUCCUGGCCCGCCAGGAAGCUUACACGGGAUACAUCUCCGUUCUUGAGAACGACAAUGAUGGAUUCCGUGUCAUGCGCUGCGACCACAGCCUGCUCGGCGGCCAGUGGACUAAGAAUGUCCCCGGAUAUCACCCCGAGGUUGAGGAUCCCAUCUAUGCAAUCUUUGCCAUGCUAGAGGCUGUUCGUUUGGUUGAACCCGAUAACGGAAUUCCUCGCGUCGAUGCAGACAGCAAUGCUCUUGUCAUUGGCCUUGGAAUUGGUACCACCCCCGCUGCACUUAUCAAGCACGGCAUCGAGACCACUAUUGUCGAGAUUGACCCUGUCGUGCACAAAUUUGCCGUUGAAUAUUUCAACCUUCCAGCGAAGCAUAUUCCCGUGAUUGAAGACGCCGUCAAGUUCGUCAAGAAUGCCGAAUCCUCCUCCAAGUCUCCGCAAUACGACUACAUUGUCCAUGAUGUAUUCACUGGUGGCGCUGAGCCCGCUGACCUAUUCACCUUUGAAUUCCUAUCUGGCCUCCACUCUCUCCUCAAAAACGACGGUGUCAUCGCCAUUAACUAUGCCGGCGAUCUGACUCUCUACCCGACCGGUCUCGUUGUGCGCACUGUUCAGGCCGUUUUCCCGUCCUGCCGUAUCUUCCGCGAGGCCCCUGCCGGCAAUGAAGAGGAUUCCAAGUUCACCAACAUGGUCUUGUUCUGCAAGAAGACCGAGGCACCACUCCGAUUCCGUGACCCUGUCCCGGCAGACUACCUGCGCAGCAGAUCUCGGCAAAGCUACCUUGUUCCCGAGCAUGAGUUGGACCCUGCUAUGUUUGCUUCCUACCCCAAGGGCGGCAGGCCGUUGUUGUGGGCCAAGGAAGCUGGCAGACUGCACAAGUACCAAGACCGCAGUGCUUUGGCUCACUGGUCUAUUAUGAGAAAUGUUCUGCCUGAUGCUGUCUGGGAAAACUGGUGA